GGCUCGCUCGCGACAUAACCUGCAAUCAUAAUAAUAACAAAAGCGUCGCGACGGACUUUUGUUUUCAAAUACUGCGGAGUCAUAUCUUCGGAGUUCUAGAAACGGUUUGAGUGCGGUGCGCGCUCCGCGCCCGCUAUUGUUGUGAUGCCGAGGACGUGAGCGGAGUAACGGACGGAUUCGGCAGGAUGGGCGACAUACGGGCUGGCCUCGAAGACUUGAAGCUCGACAGUGCUCUGUUUGCCAACGUUAAAUACUACGUCAGCGGUGAGGCCGAUCCGAAGAUUUUGAAUUUAUUGCAAGAAGGUGGGGCUGAGAGAUCCAAUUAUUUUAGUGAUUUUGUUACGCAUCUGAUAGCAGGCAAUGAAGCAUUAGAAAAUGAUAUUUCUGAAGCAAAGGAUCUAUAUGAGAUACCAGCAGUUACGCAAAAUUGGAUUUUAUAUUCCAUUAAGUGCAAGAAACUUCUACCAACGCAAUAUUUCUCGCCAGAAGAGAAUCAGUUGUUUUCGAACAUACAUGUCUGCCUGUCUCAGGUAAGUCGGGCUGAUAGCAAGUCCCUAUGGGCAAUGAUAACCUUGCAAGGUGGCAAAUGUCAGCUACGCUUGGACAGAUAUUGCACUCAUUUGAUUACGUGCAAAGCAAGUGGCGCAAAGUAUGAAGCUGCUAUGAGACACCACAUACCUAUUGUAACACCUGACUGGAUAACGGAAUGUUGUAAAAAAGGCACUCUUGUAAGUGAAGUGGAGUAUCAUCCUAGACUAUUAGUGUCUCCAAAUAGUUCGACAGCCUUGAUUACCGGAUUCAUGGACGAAGAUACAGAUAAUAACAUUACACAAGAAGAGCAAGAUAAGACUAAAGCCAUGCUCGAACAGCUCAAGCAACGUAUGCCAUGGAAUCAGCCGAGUCCACCGGUACCCUCGAGUGCUCCGCACAGUCUUGGUGUGACUAGUACAGCGACUGUUCCUUAUUCGACAAAUGGACAAAAUACUAUAAAUAUGCAAUCGCAAUCGCAACAGCAGCAUCUUCCACGGCCAGUUCCCUCGACCAAUCCGAGUACUUCCACGGUCGCUCCAUCAGUCUCUGAUCAAGAUGUAAUUCAUCAAACAAAUUGGCUUCCACAGACAUCUCAGCAAAACAUUUCUCCGCAAAUGAAAGCUGUACCAUCACAAAUGCAACAGCAAGAAUUGUCUCCGCAACAACAGCAACAGCAAAUGAAUAUGCAACAUCAGUUGAUACAACAGCAACAGUUAACAUCACAACAGCAAUUGACGCAGCAACAACUCACACAACAUCAGCAACAGUUGCAGCAACCACCGUAUAAUCAGCAGCAACAACUUUUGAAUCAACAGCAGUCGCCUCAGAUACAGCAACAAUUAGUAGGACAACAGCAAUCCAUGAUGCCCCAACAACAACAGCAACAACCAAUAAAUUCGCAAUUAUCCCAGCAUCAGCUAAAUCCACAGCAACUACUGACGUCACAACAAAAGCAAUUGAAUCAACAGCAAAUUAUUCAACAACAGCAAUUACAGACUCAGUCACAUUUGACGCAACAGCAGCAACAAGUGCAACUGGCUCAGCAGCAACAGCAGCAGCAAAUAGUGAUGCAGCAGCAGCAGCAGCAACAAUUAUCUUCUCAACAGCAACAAAUAGCAGGUCAGCAUCCAUUGACUCAACAACAGACUCCACCGCAGCAACUCACUCCCGAGCAAAGACAACUUAUUUUGUUGCAACAGCAACAACAGCAGCAAAAGAUACAACAGAUCUCACAGCAACUGCAGCAAUCUGCUCCACAGAAUUCUCAACAGUUCGUCAUAAGAGACGGUCAAUUACAACAACAGUCACAGAAUCAGCAAUUAAUUGGACCAAAUCAACAAGGAUUUAUCGUUCAACGAGACUCACAGUGGCAGCAACAGCAAUACCACUUACAACUGCAAAGGCAACAACAGCAGCAACAGAUUGGUGCUCAAAGAGCCUCAGGAGGACAAUGGAAUCAACAACCACCUCAACCUCCCCGACAGUUGAUUCAUUUGGACGCGCAGACACAUCAGCAACUGCAGCAGAUGGACCCGCAACAGAGGGCUCAGUUUAUACAGAAGAUUCAAAAACAACGAAACCUCCUAUUGCAGAGGCAGAUGCAGAAUCGUCAAGCGCAGCAAGGCUCACAUAUUGCUGUUAUAAGAAGCCCUGGUAAACCAGUACAGCCAGGUAGUUUACAAUGGGUUCAGCAAGCUCGACCGCAGAUGAUGGGACCACAACUCGCGCAACCUUCAGGACAGAAGCCGGUACAUCCUGGUGUACAGCCACCAGCAUUAACUCCAAUAAACUCUUCCAAUCAAGUCAUUGUGUCAGCCGGCCAGGCCGUUCAAGGUCCGCAAGCUUCACAAACGGGCCAACCAUUCCAACAGGCACAACUGACACCUCAGCAAUUGGCGCAAUUACAGUUACAGAAGCAACAACAAAUGGUUAGAUUGCAGCAGUUGCAUCUACAACAACAACAACAGCAGCAGCAGCAGCAGCAGCAACAACAACCAGGGGCACAGCAAGAACCGCAAUUAGCGCCUUUGCCAAAUAAUGCGCAAAUUUCACCAGAUCAGCAGCUUGUCGUGAAUCCUAAAACUAAAACUGCAUUGGCAAAUAUGCUAACCAACAGAAUACAAAGUGGUGCUGCUGAAGGUAGUGCAGCUGGUCAAUUGAGAUUGAUGACUGCGCAACAUCGACCUCCACCCCCACCUUCGCAAGAUCCACAACUCUUAGCCGCUUAUCAGAGAAGAACUUUGGGGAAUAUAACAAAUGGCGCACCAUCAGGAGCACCUAUGAAAAUGCAAUAUGCUCCAGUUAUGCCACAACCUAAGACUCAGUUUUAUGGUCACAAUCCAAAUUUGAAAUUGCCGCCAGAUCUAUUUCUGUUAGGAUGCAUUUUCGUCAUUGUCGAAUAUGAUGUACAGCGUCCUAAUGAAGUUUCUGUUUGGAAACAAGUUAUCGAAAGACAUGGUGGCGAAGUAGAAGCGCAAUACUGUACUCGCGCAACGCACGUGUUAGCUAUCACGCAGAAACAUCCAACUGUGGUGCAAGCUUUGCGUGAGGGAAAACGUUGUGUUAGUGCACAUUGGCUUUCCGAUGUUGUCAGUAAGCAACAAGUAGUCCCACCUUGGCAUGUUCUUCACUUUCCAACGCCGUUUGGCUUAACUGAACUUCCAUGUAGCAAGCAAAUCAUAUCUUUUUCUGGAUUCGAGGGAGAAGAACGAGCAAAAGUCAAAUUCAUGUUAGAGGCUUUGGGUGCAAAGUACACUAAUUACUUUUCCAGGCACAAUACUCUUCUUGUCUGUAGAAGGCCAGAUGGACAAAAAUAUAAAAAGGCACGCGAAUGGCAAACCAGUGUCGUAAACGUACAAUGGUUGACGGAUUUACUAUGCGGACAGAUGAAUGCUUUGCAUCAACUUGAGGGUCCAAAGUAUCAACAGUUUAGUCUGAGCAACCCUUUCAGACUAGAUUAUUCGUUAGUGCCUCAUCUCAUGGCUGCUUGGAAAAUGCCAAUAAAUAUUACGCAAGAAUCAUAUGACAAAGUAAAACAGGUUGGUCAGGGUCCAAAUUCAAUCAGAAAAUACAAAAAGCCACGUCUGGAUGGUCCAUUAUUGAAUAAAGAUCCGCAUCUUUUGGGUCUGGAUGAACCAAUUGUUAUUAGCAAUCCUGAUCCUCCGCCACCCGAUAAACAACCAAGAAUACUAUUUUCUGGUAUUAACCCGAAAAAUCAUGCCAAGAGGAUUCGAGAACUGGGAGGUGCUUUAGCUGCUAGCUGGCGAGAUGCUACUCAUCUCGUAAUGUCAGCACCAUUACGAACAGUAAAAUUAUUGUGUUGUUUAUCACGAUGUAAAUAUAUCGUCAGCCUUCAAUGGUUGCUCGAAUGCUCUUCAAAAAACACUUUUGUGGACGAAAAUGCAUAUAUGCUCGGUGAUCCAGAAUUCGAGAAAAAUUUCAAUUGCAAUAUCGAAAAAAGUUUAGCGAGUCCCAAUCGAGGAACAGUACUUAAGGGUAAAAUAUUUUAUGUUACACCAAGUGUAAUACCAUCUCCCUCGGCAAUUGCGGAAAUAAUAGAGAGUGCAGGAGGUACAAUGGAAAAGACACGUAGAUCAAUCGCUCAAAUACAAGAAAUGAAUGCUGCGAAAUUAAGUUAUAUUAUCGUGACUCAUGACAAUGACCUCCAUCUUCUCUCUGAUGUCUUACGUGCAAAUAUUAAUGUGUACAGUGCAGAAAUUGUAUUAGGCGCAGUUGCACGACAAUAUUUCCAACCUGAUACAAGUUAAGUCUAAAAGGUUAUACUUUGCUAUAUUUUUAUCCCUGUUAUGGGCCUAUCAAUUCUUUAGUGAUUAUUUUCGAAACGGAAAUUUUUGCUUAUCUUCUGCAAUGGGACAAUAAAAAACAUAAUUUUAUGAUACAAAAAAGACAUUGUUACACUUUUUACAGCUAUUUUUUUCAUUUGAAUUAUCUGGAGGUAAGUAUAGUAGAUUUGAUAUAUUCUGUAUUCUUGUAAUUAUCUGUAUCCGUUUUUGUUCAUAUCUUGAACGCAUCGAGUAAAGACAGUAUCUAUCA